AUGGCCCCAGACUGGAAGCUGCUCUACCUCUACGGAGGCGACAACCCCUGGGAUUCGAGUCUUUGGACCGAUUCCGACGACCGAGUGCGUGGCGGCAAGAGCCAGUCCUACUUGCACUGCGAGUCGCCGGAAAAGGCCAGGUUCUUUGGCAACCUGGAUAUCACGGCCCUGGGAGGAGCCGGCUUCGCAUCUCAGAGGACGCUCGGCACUCUUCACCUGGACCUGAGUCAAUAUGACGGGCUCGUCAUCAAAAUUCUGCAGAGUGACUCGAAGAAGUACACUCUCACCAUCAAAGACGAAAUCUUGCCACCCAGAGAGGAUGGACGAGACCAAAGCACUAUUAGCUGGGAGUACGACUUCGUCUCCGAGCCUGGUGAGGUCAAGAUCUCAUGGGAUGACUUGAAGCCUACCUACAGAGGCAGGCCCAAAUCCGACGCCAAACCCCUGGACGUGGCCAACAUCAAGAGAAUCAGCUUUAUGAUGCGAAGCUUCUUCGGCACCCAGGAGGGUGACUUUAGUUUGACCAUUGCACACCUGGCCGCCUUCAGUAACCGGCCCACGUCGUCCGACUCAGACGUGUCUUUCACGAAGGAUCAUGCUGUCGCACAUGCGCCAGCACUGGAACCAGCUACUCGGCCAUCGUGGCUUAGUUGGAUUUGCGGAUGGGCUAGAUGA